AUGACCCCCAAGACGUUCAGACAAUACUGGCUGCCCGAAAAGAAGGGCUUCUCUAGCCUAGUCCUACGAGAUGUACCGUUCGAGCCCCCCAAAUUUGGACAGGUCCUCGUUCGGAUUAAAGCUGUCUCCUUGAACUGGAGGGACUGCAUCCUUGCCAUCGGGACCUAUCCUUUCCCCGGACCAGACGCCGUCGUUCCGGGCAGCGAUGGCGCGGGCAUAGUCGAAGCCGUCGGCGAGGGCGUCACCGAGUGGAAAGCCGGCGACCGCGUGCUGGCCAGCUUCACUCAGGACCACAUCGCCGGGCGUCUGACAUACCCGGUCAUGCUGACGCAGCUCGGCGGCGAGGCCCAGGGCCUCAUGGGCGAGUACUUCUGCUUCCCCCGGACCGGAAUCGCUCGAAUUCCGGACUACCUCUCAUACGAGGAGGCGUCGUGCCUCCCCUGCGCGGCGCUGACCGCGUGGAACGCCCUCUAUGGCCUCGUGCCCCUCCGCCCGGGCCAGACGGUCGUCCUGCAGGGCACAGGCGGCGUGUCGACCUUCGGCCUCCAGAUCGCCCAUGCUGCCGGCGCCAAGACGAUUGUCACGUCCUCGUCGGACGCGAAGCUCGAGGCCGCGAAAGCCAUGGGGGCGACGCACGGGGUCAACUAUUCCAAGACCCCGGACUGGGCCGCCGAGGUCAAGAAACUGACUGGCGGAGUGGGUGCGGACCACAUCAUCGAGGUAGGUGGGACGCUGACGCUGCAGGCAUCGUUCGAUGCUAUCGGAUUCAAUGGGAUGAUCCAUGCCAUCGGCCACAUCACCAACCCGGACCCGCUCGGCGCUGGCAAGGGCCUGAAGGGCCCGGACGCGGCGUUCUUGGCGCUGGACCGGCAUGCUAUCCUUCGUGGCGUGGUGGUCGGGUCUCGGGAGCAGCUCCAGGACAUGCUUGCGUGUUUUGAGGCCAACGAAAUCCACCCAGUAAUCAACAAGGUCUUCGACUUUGAGCAAUUGGUGGAGGCGUAUGAAUAUCUUUGGUCGGCGACUCACACUGGGAAGAUAGUCAUCCGCAUACCCUGA